GGACACAACUCACUAACGGACCAACAUGGCGGCGCCCAGUGAGGGGCAGGUGUUUACCGCGGGGGCUGAAAAGAAUUGGGGUGUUGUUCGUUCUCCAGAAGGAACACCCCAAAAAGUCCGGCAGCUAAUAGAUGAGGGGAUUGCCCCAGAAGAGGGAGGUGCAGAAUCUCGCGCGACACCUGACUACAGAGAAUCGAAGGAUACAUCUGCCACAUUCCAGUCAGCUAAUGGAUCUCCCCAACCAGAACAACCUGCACUGGAAUCUACAAGCAAAGAAGCCUUCUUUAGCAGAGUAGAAACAUUUUCUUCUUUGAAAUGGGCAGGGAAGCCCCCUGAGCUGUCCCCACUCGUGUGUGCAAAAUAUGGCUGGGUCACAGUUGAAUGUGACAUGCUCAAAUGCUCCAGCUGUCAAGCUUUUCUUUGUGCUAGUUUACAGCCAGCUUUUGACUUUGACAGAUAUAAGGAACGCUGUGAUGAGCUGAAGAAAUCCUUGUGCACUGCCCAUGAGAAGUUCUGUUUUUGGCCAGAUAGCCCCUGUCCAGACCGAUUUGGAAUGUUGCCUUUGGAUGAACCUGCAGUUCUUGUCAGUGAGUUCCUGGAUCGGUUUCAAAGCCUUUGUCACUUGGACCUCCAGCUCCCUUCCCUGAGGCCAGAAGACUUAAAAACUAUGUGCUUGACAGAAGACAAGGUCAGCCUUCUGCUAAACCUGCUUGAAGAUGAACUUGAUCACCAAACGGACGAGAAAAAAGCUGCAAGCAAACUGGGCUCAGACAUUCAUGUCACUGCCUGUAUUCUCUCUGUGUGUGGCUGGGCAUGUAGCCCCGCUCUGGAACCUAUGCAGCUCUCCCUGAUAACGUGUUCACACUGCAUGAGGAAAGUGGGGCUCUGGAGCUUCCAGCAGAUGGAGUCAUCCAUGACUGACCUGGAAUCCUGCUUUGGCCCGACCAGCUCGCCUAUCGCAGGGCCUGAGGGUCGGCCAGAGCGCUUCCCUCCAGUGCCAGAAUCUCCUCGGAGGAUAAUGACCCGGAGCCAGGAUGCCACAUUUUCACCAGGCUUGGACCAGGCUGAAAAAAGUCCUGGUCCCACUGUCUCCCGGAUGCGGAGCUGGGACUCUUCCUGUCCUGUAGAGCGUCCUGAGCCAGAGACAGCCAGCCCUACUCCUAGAACCCGCCCUGUGACCCGGAGCAUGGGCGCGGGGGAUGCUGCUGGCCUAGAAAUGCCCUCCAGCCCUCUCCGGAGAGCCAAGCGUGCUCGCCUCUGUUCUUCAGGCAGCUCGGACACAGCUAGAAGCUUCUUUGAUCCCACGUCUCAGCACAGAGACUGGUGCCCUUGGGUGAACAGCACACUUGGCAGAGAAGCCAAAGAGAACAGGGGAUUGGAGCAGGAUGCCAGUGCCUCUGCAGAGCCAGGCUGGAAGGCAGCGCUGACUAUGCUGCUGGCGCGUAAGCAAUCUAGCCAGCCAGCUGAAGCAGACCCUAUGAGUCUAUCUGAGAAGUCAAGGAAAGUAUUUCGAAUAUUCCGGCAGUGGGAAUCUUUAUGCUCAUCGUGAAGAUGUUACAGCCCCUUCCUGGAGAGAAUUGGAAUGAGAGUGACUUUUUGAAAAAUGAAUUCUGGCAUAAUCAUAAGGAGCCUCUGCCAUUGCAGUCAUCUUCAGUCAUCUUCAUGACUAGGAGGAGACCUCGCUCCAUGGGGGAGACAGGAGGUAGUGCAGGUGCUGAUCUGUUAAAGAACUGCAGAAGUAUGAAGCCAGUUGAAGGAAGACCAAGGAUCAAAGCACUUAUCUCAGCAGCGUUAGUGCAGGCAGUGUUCUGAGGACCGUAUGUCCCAGGAAUAUGACAGUGUAUGUUAAUAAAGUAUUUGUUAGGA